AUGUCCUCCUUCUCCGACAUUGACACAAAGGCCGUCAACACCAUCCGUACCCUCGCGGCGGAUGUUGUCGCCAAGGGUAUGGCCCCUGUUGCCUACGUCCUCUGGACCAGGUACAUGAACUACAACCCCAAGGACCCCAAGUGGUACAACCGUGACCGCUUCGUCCUCUCCAACGGCCACGCCUGUGCCCUCCAGUACGUCCUCCUCCACCUUACGGGCUACGACGUCUCGAUGGAGGACCUCAAGUCGUUCCGUCAGCUCGACUCCAAGACCCCCGGCCACCCCGAGGUCGACCACACCCCCGGAAUUGAGGUCACCACCGGCCCCCUUGGCCAGGGUAUCUCGAACGCUGUCGGUCUCGCUAUUGCUCAGGCCCACCAGGGCGCUGUCUUCAACAAGGACGGCUUUGACCUUAUCAACAACAAGACCUACGUCUUCCUCGGUGACGGCUGUCUCCAGGAGGGUGUCGCCUCCGAGGCGUGCUCGCUCGCUGGCCACCUUCAGCUUAACAACCUGAUUGCCAUCUGGGACGACAACCGCAUCACCAUUGACGGUGACACUGACGUCUCCUUCACCGAGGACGUCGAGGGCCGCUUCCGCGCCUACGGCUGGGACGUUCUCCACGUUGACGCCGGUGACACUGACCUCGAUGCCAUCUCGGGUGCCAUUGCCCAGGCUCGCGACUGCCAGACCAAGCCCACCAUCAUCAACCUCCGCACCACCAUUGGCUACGGUUCGCUCAAGCAGGGCGGCCACGAUGUCCACGGCUCUCCCCUCAAGGCCGACGACAUCAAGCAGCUCAAGGAGAAGUGGGGCUUCAACCCCGACGAGUCGUUCGUCAUUCCCCAGGACGUCCAGGCCGUCUUUGACAAGGUCCGCGACAAGGGUGAGCAGAAGGAGCGCGACUGGGACGCCCUUUUCAAGAAGUACCAGGAAAAGUAUCCCGAGGACGCCGCCGAGCUCCUCCGUCGCGUCUCUGGCCGCCUCCCCGAGGGCUGGGAGAAGCACCUCCCCACCUACACCCCCGACCAGCCUGCUAUUGCCUCGCGCAAGCUCUCCGAGACUGUGCUCAACGCCAUUGCCCCCGUCAUUCCCGAGCUCAUCGGUGGAUCGGCCGACCUUACCGGCUCCAACCUCACCCGCUGGAAGGGCGCCGAGGACUUCCAGCCUCCCUCGUCCGGCCUCGGCUCGUACAAGGGUCGCUACAUCCGCUACGGUGUUCGUGAGCACGGCAUGGUUGCCAUCUCGAACGGUAUCGCUGCCUACGGCGGUCUGAUCCCCUUUGACGCCACCUUCCUCAACUUUGUCUCGUACGCUGCCGGUGCCGUCCGUCUCUCCGCUCUCUCCAAGCUGCGCGUCAUCAACAUUGCCACCCACGACUCGAUUGGUCUCGGCGAGGACGGCCCCACCCACCAGCCGGUCGAGACCGCUGCCUGGCUCCGUGCUACCCCCAACAUGCAGUUCUGGCGCCCUGCCGACGGCAACGAGACCUCUGCCUCGUACUACGCUGCCAUCUCCUCGGCCCACACCCCGUCCACCCUGGCUCUCUCGCGCCAGAACCUCCCCCAGCUCAAGGGAUCUUCCGUCGACAAGGCCCGCAAGGGUGGUUACGUUCUCGAGGAGGAGGACAAGGCCGACAUUACGAUCGUCUCGACCGGUUCCGAGGUCUCCAUCGUCGUCGACGCCGCCAAGAUUCUCCGCGAGAAGGGUCUCAAGGUCCGCAUCUCGUCGCUCCCCUGCUUCGAGGUCUUUGACGAGCAGCCCAAGGAGUACCGUCUCUCGGUCCUCCCCUCGGGUGCCCCCAUCAUGGCCGUCGAGGCCUACAACACCCUCCCCUGGUACAAGUACGCUCAGGAGGCCGUCGGUCUCCGCGCCUGGGGCGCCUCGGCUCCUUACCAGGACGCCUACAAGAAGUUUGGCCUCACCCCCGAGGGCAUCGCCUCGAACGCCCAAAAGGUUGUCGACUUCUACAAGAAGCGCGGCGGCGACAUUUUCUCGCCCGUUGACACUGCCCUCAACUACAACACUGAGCUCGAGUACAGGGACUAG